CCCCCCGCCCCCCCAUGGAGCGGAAGCAGGCACCAUAGAGUCGUGGUUUUUUUCUAGCGUCCUAGAGGGGAGCGGAAAGCGCGCCGGGCUGCGACGUGGGGAGCGCUUGGCGCUCGGGUCCCAGGUGGGCUUGUGGUUGCCGAGUGCAUAAGUAAAAGAAGGCGAAGAUAAACCCAAGAAGGCUUACGGAUAGAAGAGAAGAGUUGAGAGGUCUGAAGGGCAAUGUGAAGAUUAAGCCAGUGAAUACAGGAGCAGCCUUCAGGAGACAGCCAAAAGAAAGUUAUCCAAAGCAGAAAAACCAGCCUGGAGCCUAAGGAUGGCUACCAUGGAACAGGGACUCCAGCUGCAAGGAAGCGGCACAGGCAUUGGACAGGCACCAUUGUGCAAGCAGUUCAGGCAGUUGCGUUAUGAAGAAACUGCAGGACCCCGGGAGGCGCUGUGCCGGCUCCGAGAGCUCUGCCACCAGUGGCUGCGGCCUGAGACCCACAGCAAGGAACAGAUCCUGGAGCUGCUGGUGCUGGAGCAGUUCCUGGCCAUCCUGCCUGCGGAGCUGCAGGCCCACGUGCAGGAGAAGCAUCCUGAGAGUGGGGAGGAACUGGUGGUCGUGCUAGAGGACUUGCAGCUGGAACGUGGAGGAAAAGAACAGCAAGAGGACCCAGACCAGGAAAAGCAGCAGUCACUGCUUGUGGAAGCGCCAGAGCCUCUGGGAGCAGAGCAGGUGAAGCAAAGCCUGCCUGGGUAUGAAGGUCCGAAGCCUAAAGAAGAGCACGACGAAGAGAUACAGAUUGAGAAUGUAAAGCUUGUAAUAACAGACUCUUGUGGAACAGAGGAGUCAUCCACAAAGGAAGAUGAACCCAGAGAGGCUCAUUAUGAGGGUUCUAACUUGGAAAGGCAGCAGGGGGCCAAGCCCCAGCACUCAGACUUGAUUGAAUACAGAAGCACACCGUCAGGCGGAAAACUGUGUGAUUCAGAAGUGUGUCAAAGUUCUACACUUAGUGGACAUCAGAAACCCCUCUCCAGAGAGAAAGGCCACCAGUGCCAGGAGUGUGGGAAAGUUUUUCAGAGGAGUUCACACCUUGUCAGACAUCAGAAAAUACACCUUGGUGAGAAGCCUUAUCAAUGCAAAGAGUGUGGGAAAGUCUUCAGCCAGAAUGCAGGCCUUUUGGAGCAUCUUAGGAUCCAUACUGGAGAGAAACCUUUUCUGUGUAUCCAUUGUGGAAAGAACUUCAGGCGCAGCUCUCACCUUAAUCGACACCAUAGAAUUCACAGUCAGGAGGAACCCUGUGAGUGCAAAGAGUGUGGGAAAACCUUUAGUCAGGCCCUGCUUCUCACACACCAUCAGAGAAUCCACAGUCAUUCCAAAAGCCAUCGGUGUAACGAGUGUGGCAAAGCCUUCAGCUUGACCUCGGACCUCAUUCGGCAUCACAGGAUUCACACUGGGGAAAAGCCAUUCAAAUGUAAAGUAUGCCAGAAAGCCUUCCGAUUAAACUCACACCUCGAUCAGCACAUCAGAAUCCAUAAUGAAGAAAAGCCCUACAAGUGUAGCGAGUGUGGAGAUGCCUUCCGGCAGAAGUCAGGUCUGUUUCAGCAUCAGAGACAUCACCACAGGGGCAGACUGGCUUGAUGAGUGUUCUCUGCAUAUACAGAAUCAGAAGGAACAGAGAAGCAAACAGCAUGCUAGCAAGUCUCUGGCCAGCUGGAAAAUGCUCCAGGGCCAAGUUGGAAGCCUUCUGCCUCCCCUCUUUGCUCUUUGUGUUCCUUGAAGCUGGCCUUGGCCCACAAUAGACAGCCCUGUACAACCAAAGCCCAACAGCAGUGCUCACUACAGGACUUCGCAGAGGUGUUAAUGUGAUCAUUGGUGGGCUGUGUAUCUCCACAUAACCUGUACUCUUUGAGAACAGCAGCCAGUCAAGAAUCCACAAAGACUGAUGCAAAACAAGGGAAGGGUGAUACUUUAGAUACUCAUUUUCCCUGCUGGCUUCACCCUCCUCCCUUCUGCUGGCUCUACCUCCACACUCCCUGUGCACAACCAAUGGAAGCAUUUUGGAAAGCAAAGUUGAACUUUUCUGGUUAACUGUAGUACUUGUCCUCAUGUCACUACAUUUUCCAUCCCCAUCCCUACCACAUCUCAUUGUUUCACGUUACAAAUCAGAAUGUUACUUAGAUUAUGGAAGCGAUUUCGUGAGUGAUUUUGAGUGAAUUCUGCUAAAUUAAUCCAAGUAGCAACUAACUUGAUAACUCCAGUGCUGACAUAGUGACUGUUGCAUAGACACUGUUCAGGAAAUGUCAGUGGAAGAAGUCUGACUUCUUUUAAUAUUAGGGAUGCAAUUUUUGAAUGUUGCUUGAUUUGGAAUUUAUUGAAAGUCACAAUAAAGUCAGCUGGGAAAGAAGGUCGUUAUUUCUAUCAGUAACAGCAUGUUAAUGAUUAAGCAAAUUAAGUCAGCUCCCAAGCACAUGUGGACAGUGAACACUGCUUAAGGGUUGGCAGUAGUUGUGUAGGGUACUGUGCCUUGAAGACAACUUCUUAGUCUACUAAUGUGGGAAGAUCCUCAUAGUGAUUAGAAGUUCAGCUGCAUGUAUCUUAAAAGUAAGAAAAUAAGAGAGACUUCAUAGAAUUUUUCCUUGCUAAUAGGGUUGGAAACAAUCAGGGCAAUAGUGAUGAGAUGGUUCCAUGGUAUCACUAGGGUCUGAGUCUUUUGCUGCCCUGCUCUACCAUUCUGGUCCAUGCCAGCAGUUUUGAAGACCCUCGCAUCCUUGAUGGCUGCUGAAGCUCCAGCCAUCACAUGCAACAUGUGGAAAAGCAGCAGGACAAAAAAUAGACUUGUCCCAGUUCUGUCAGCUCUCUGAGCUGCCUUCUCAAAAAUCAUGUGUCUCUAGCCAAAACUUUGGGAAAGAAGGCAGGAAUUUUGACAGUUAGGACAUUUAUACCAUCCAUAGUCAUAAUUGCCAAAACUUAGAAGAAAGCUAGAUGCCCUUCUGUCGGUGAAUGUAUAAUUAAACAGAACCAAUUUUUUUUUGCCAGAAUAGUGUCACACGUAUAAUCUCAGCUGCUUGGGAGGUUCAGGCAGGAAGAUCGUUAAUUCAAGCCCAGCAUAGGCAAUUUGGUGAGACCCUAUCUCAACAAGUAAUUACUUCCCCAGUACCCCAAUAAACAAAACCACCUGAGCCUAUUUUCUAGAGUGUUUUCUAUUUUUACUAAUGAAUUGAACAUAUUUUUACAUGUUAAUUGAUCAUUUACAGAGGGGAUUUUGUGGGUUGCAUCCUUUACUGGCUUUGUUUCCUCUUAAGCAGCAAUGCCUUUAAAAAUACUGUAAAUGGGGAGCCAUCAAAUUUUAAAUACAUGUUUUUUGGCAGUUCCAGUAUGUAAUAUCAAAUAUAUAUAUAAAGAAUGUAGAUACUGAAUGAUGUUCCCUAUCGUAUUACUUAUAAAGAAAAAGUACAGCUGUGCAUAGUGACAUGUACUGUGACCUCCACACUCUGGGACGCUGAAGCAGAAUCCCAGGUUUACCAACUUCAGCUAGCUCUGACCUCAAAAAGGAGGGGGCUGGGGGUGUGUAGAGGAUAGAGGAGAUAUCACAAAUUCUCUUCAGUAGGGAUAGUUAAGCAUUGUAAUACACCAGUAUACAGUACACUUCACCUCUUUAGAGCAAGUUGGUAUGUGGAAAAAAAACAUUAUAGACAGCUAAGUUAGGAAAUACCGACAGUCAGAGCCAGGCCCUCCACAGUCAGGCAAGAAUGAGAACACGUCACAACUGUGACUGGGGGGCCUAGCCUCAAAGACAAUGACCCGGCCUGAGGUAGGUGGUAGCACCUUGUCUAAUUCAGUCUAGGUAGAUGUCACUCUGGUGGGUGACCCAGACCCUCAGACUCAUCCGUCCCUGUAAAGUUUUUGUGCUUUACAUGUGUACUUGCUAUGUGUCUGGCCUUCCCCAUUAGAUCAGUGUUACUUGUAUGGGUUAACUGUAGCUGUACCCUGCAUUGUGUUCUGGUUGUGCUUUAUAAAACAUGGAAGAGGGCCGGACUUUCCCUGAGAAAUGGGAUCCUCAGCAAACCACCCUGAGCUCUUGUCUCUCUGGAGCUGUAUCUCUUCAAUAAACAUUUCCUAGUCUUAA